AUGGCAGUCCCGCUGCUCGCGCCGCCUCCGCCGCGCUUCCCGCAGAGGUUCUCCAGCGACGACGGGCCAGCUCCCAAGCCUUCCAUACGGUCGAGCGGGCUGGAGAGAGCUGGGACGGGAGGAUCGGAUGGUCGGGGUGGGGACGAGGGAAAGGUGGUGUGGGAGAUCAAGACGGACAGUGAGGAGCAUGUCGAGCGUCUUGAGUCGAAGUUGCGCCAACUUCGCCAACAUCCCUCGUCCUCCGACUCGGGCUACGUCUCUCAUCCUCGCUCCUUUGAUCCGCCGGACGACCUGAGCGACGUCGAAGAAGCCUUUACGGCCGGCGAAGGCGAGGAGGAAGAUCGGGAGGCGCUGAGUGAGGCGGAAGAGGAGGGACGACCGCUGCUGUCGGCGGCGCAAGAGCCGGGAGUACUCGACUCGACGCACCGGGUAGCAGGCGAGAUGCUCCCUCCAAACGCCAUUGACGAUGAUCCGAUCGCCUCGACGUCGCAGCUCGUCCCUCGCGCCCCUUCCUCCCGAAUCAGCUUCAACCAGUCUGUCCGCAUCUCGAGCGGGAUUCGCUCUUCUUCUCGCACACACCGGCACAGACACGCCGACCACUCUGCACCAGCCCCAGCCGCCACCGAACGAACCUCCCUCCUCUCUGCUCAGCCACGACCCAUUUCCGCACCGUCCGACUUGCUCGUUCAGGCUGUCACACCGUCUCUUCCGCCCUCUCGCUCGACGUCUCCCGCUCCUCCUCGCUCACGACGAGCAUCGAUGUCCUCCUCUCUCCUCAGCACCUCCUCCUUCGCGCACGUCCACUCGCCUUUUCCCUACUCCAGCUCUCCCACCUCCUACGGCGCAUCCCGCUCCUCCUCACCGUGCUCGUCCAUCUACGCCCCACUCCAACCACCUUCGAACCAUUGCCCAAACCCGAUGUGGGUCCGCCCAGCCGGUGUAGGCGCUCUCCGUCGCACAAGGUCGGGCAGCAGCCUGUCUUUCCAGGAAUUUUUGCGCAACGGCGGACGCUUUCCGGAUGAUGAGAUGGAGGACAGCGAUGACGAUGAGGAGUACGUCGAUCCAGUCGCGGACGACGAGCCUCGAAGACUCGAGUACCGCGAGUUGGUGGAGCAGCAGAGGCUGAAGAAGGCGCGGUGGGAGGCGCGCAAAAGGCAGAAAGAGGCGCAGCGACGACGUGCUGAGUCGGCGCAGGACGAGGAAGAGCACAACGCUUCGGUGUGGGACAAGCUGGGAAGUUUGUUGGCGCUUGGAGUGGGCGGGAGAGGGUCGGCGAGGCCUUCGCCGUCGCUGGCAGGCGGAGCGGUGGACGUCCUCCGCCAGCAGCAGCAUCAGCGUCGACGACCUUCGCCUCUCGCUCACGGAUCGUCCGCAGACGAAGGAGACGACGCCGCGUCCCGCUCUCACCGCCGCCAACCUCGCCGCCAACCCCGUCCCGAACCGACGCUCAAGACAGAAGCGGACGUCCGCUUCGGUCCCGCUCCGGGUCGGUACUUCCGCCUCGACUGGCUCGUAUACAAGCUCAAGCAUCUCGUCGAGGCGGCGAAAAGGGCGCUCAGGACGGCGCUCGUCGGGUUUGAGCGGAGUAGGCGGCCGAAGGAAGAGGACGGGCGGCCAUCGCUGGUUGGGUACGGCGCGGUGUGA